AUCUAACGCCCUCCCCCUCCCACCCGCUGUAGCCUACUGUGAGAAAGCAGAAGCGUCUCAACUGAUUAAAGCCGCGUACACCUUCAGAGUCAGCGUGGGCUGGAGAGAUCUGGCCAGAAGGAACCAUCGAAAGACCGACCCGCAUGAAGAAUUACUUUAACAUUUACCAGAGGCUGUGUACAUAUGUUAAUACGUUUUCAUUUGAACUUGGUCGUAUGACAUGGCAACGAUGAUGUCGAGAGGCCGAAUGAAUAGCGUCCAAUGAGAAUGUCAUUCGCGGUCAAUCACAGCUGCAACUAAUAGAUGAAUCGUUACCUGUUGGACUUGCAAAGAUGAUAUCGUAACCACGCAAGCUGAAGCUGACAACUGACCACUGAGACUGUUGCAGGCAAGACUCUUUUCUGAGUGACAGCUAUUUGGACCAAUAGCAAUACCCUGAACUAGUAUAUAACCACUAAUCGGACCAAUCCCCAUCACGCAUCCCAUCCGUUCCACUUGGACUCAUGGCGUCUUACAGUCCCGCCCUGACACAGGAAGAGUCACCGGCGGAGAUGACCAAUGGCACGGGCCCAUUGAAGUCAGCUGACUCCCAGGACUGCAUGAAGCUGAAGAAGGAGAUCUCUCUGCUGAACGGCGUGUGCCUGAUCGUGGGCAACAUGAUCGGCUCGGGCAUCUUCGUGUCUCCCGUGGGCGUGCUCAUGUACAGCGGCUCGUACGGGCUGUCGCUGGUCAUCUGGGCCAUCGGCGGCGCCUUCUCCGUGUUCGGCGCCCUCUGCUACGCCGAGCUGGGCACCACCAUCACCAAGUCGGGCGCCAGCUACGCCUACAUCCUGGAGGCGUUCGGCGGCUUCCUGGCCUUCAUCCGCCUGUGGACGUCGCUGCUCAUCAUCGAGCCCACCAGCCAGGCGGUCAUCGCCAUCACCUUCUCCAACUACAUGGUGCAGCCCAUCUUCCCCACCUGCAUCGCCCCCUACGCUGCCAACCGACUGCUGGCCGCAGCGUGCAUCUGCUUGCUGACCUUUGUGAACUGUGCGUAUGUGAAGUGGGGGACGAGAGUUCAGGACUUCUUCACCUACGCCAAGGUCAUCGCCCUUAUCGCCGUCAUCAUCACAGGACUGGUCAAGAUCGGACAGGGUCAAACUCAGAACUUUGAGGACAUGUUUGAGGGCUCGUCUCAGGACCCGGGGGCCAUUGCUCUGGCCCUGUACUCCGCCCUCUUCUCCUACUCCGGCUGGGACACCCUCAACUUCGUCACUGAGGAGAUCAAGAACCCCGAGAGGAACUUGCCCCUAUCUAUUGCCAUAUCGAUGCCCAUCGUCACGGUGAUCUACAUCCUGACCAAUGUGGCUUACUACGCCGUGCUGCCCAUUCAAGCCAUUCUGGACAGUGAUGCAGUGGCUGUGACGUUUGCGGAUCGUGUGUUUGGGGUGAUGAACUGGACCAUCCCUCUGGCUGUGGCCUUGUCCUGCUUUGGAGGACUCAACGCCUCCAUCCUCGCUGCCUCAAGGCUGUUCUUCGUGGGCUCCAGAGAGGGCCAGCUGCCAGACUACCUGUGCAUGAUUCACGUCCAUCGUUACACCCCCAUCCCAGCUCUCCUCUUCAAUGGUGCGAUGGCACUGGUGUACCUGUGUGUGGAGGACAUCUUCAAGCUGAUCAACUACUACAGCUUCAGCUACUGGUUCUUCGUGGGCCUCUCCAUCCUGGGUCAGCUCUACCUGCGCUGGAAGCAACCUGACCGGCCGCGGCCACUCAAGCUCAGCCUCAUCUUCCCCAUCGUCUUCUGCAUGUGCACCGUCUUCCUGGUGGUUGUGCCCCUCUACAGUGACACCGUCAACUCCCUGAUUGGCAUUGGUAUCGCCCUAUCGGGAGUGCCAGUCUACUUCCUCUGCUGCAAAACUCCCGCCCACAAGCGGCCAAUGUGGCUUCGCAAGUUUAUUGCUUCCUCUGGCAUUCUGAUCCAGAAGGUGUGCUACUCCGUGCUGACAGAGAUGGACGUAGACGAACCGAAGACGGACUAAGACUCAGCAUGUCCGCACAGGAACUCGUGUCCUCUGGCCUCUCAGACUGAAACUGGAAAAGCCAUUGGUCGAUCGCCAUAAAACACUCAACUCACAGCCAAUCAGAAACCUCUUUGGUCCAUGGUCAUGCAACACCUGUCUCACACACAACCAACCAACCAAUCACAAACUCUUUUGGUCAAUGGCCAAGCAACACUCCACACGCACAACCAACCAAUCACAGACUCUUUUUGUCAGUGGCCAAGCAACCCGUCAGGUUACUAAAAGUGACAAAUGUUCAAAGGACACCUGAAAGACUGUAACAGGAUGACUCGUCAUGGGACGCACAUGGAGAGACUUUCUGAUUCUGUGUAAACCCAUGAAAGCAUUAUAUACCAUUUUAUAUUUAAUUAUUUUUCAGAACUAACUGUAGACAAUGAUGGGAAGGAAAUGAAAUGUUGACAAUGACAUUUUGAAGGAUCUAGCAUUUGGAGAAAGUAUAGUUUAAAACAUAGCACUAGUACGAAUACCUGUGUAAGGUAUGGAGGAAAAAUACAGUGGGCAUUAUUAAAUGUUAUAAGACAAAA